AGCCAUUGUUUACCUGACUUGUUCUUAGGCUGCCUUAGAUUCUGAACUGGCUUCCCUUUAGGCUUUUUCAUAAACAAAUAACUGGAAAUGUCUCUAAGGAGGGGAGAGACCAGUUCCUCAUUGCAGCUGGUAGCAAGUUUGCUUUCACUCAGCCGGGAGGGCGCAUUGUUACAAGGUGUGGAACUUGUUGCUUCAAGCCCUCCCUGGCAGCUCACUCUGGAUCUGCAGGUUCUGAGGAUCCUCAGGACCCACCUGGGUGCGGUUGCCUUCAGGGACAGACCAUCUUACAGAUGCAACAACCUGCUUGACACUCUCCUCUGGAAGAGGAAAGGAACUACUAGAGGAAGCGUGGGCACUUGGAUGCAGAAAUUGAGCACCCUCCAUGUGAUCCAGAGAACAGCAACUCAUACAUCUUCUGGAACUUUCUACCAACAGUAGAACCUCUUAGCUUUAUGGAGAAAACAGAGUCAUUCUGUCCAGAGGUGCCACCCCGAGACUGCGGAGCCUCUCCUUGGCCCCCGCUGAGGAGCCUGCCAAAGAACCAGGGGAGUCUCCUCCAGUUUGACCGGCAAGCUCCAGGCCGCCUGUCCACCUCACCCACUUUGAGGAGAUUAAGGACCCGUAGCUGUGGGACAAGGCAGGAUACCUUGCAGGUGCCCACCUGGGGAAGCUGGGGAGAGCCUGUGGGCUCCCCAUGUUACCUUUCCAAGAGCCUGCCAGGAAGCUCAAAGGAUUCUUCACACUUGCUGUCACCCUUGAGACUCCACUCAAGAUUGACCUCUGAACCUGAAAGGGCCCUGAAUGCAGCUGACUCACUGGAGCCCCAAACCCAGCCCAUGGACAAGUAUCUCCCUCCUGAGCUUCAGCCUGUCAGUGAAGGAUCCCUUCACCAGGCCUCUCUUCUGCAGCAAGAAGGCCACUUCCUGCCCUGCCCCACCCCACGACGCCCUAGUCCUCAGGGAGAAGAAUUGCACCCAUCCAGGUGUGUAUGCAUUUAUUUUCUCCAGUGCUAUGACAUCUGUUGACUAUUUACUAUUAGAUUUUUAUUUCUGUCCUGACGUUACAAAGCUGACGGUGUGUUAACCAGUGCACAUUGUUUUAGAGCACUCAAGUCACUCUUCACAUUUAUAGGGGCAAGAAUUUUCAUUUCAAGAGUCUCCCUUUAAGAGCACAGCAUUUGGGGGCAGGAUACAAUGCCAUAUGCAGUCAUGGUUUUCGUUUUGAAUUGUCAAUGUCUUAAUUAAUAUCCACUUAGUAAUAGGUUUUGUCUGGUAGAGAAAAUAGAAAGGCCAGAGAUAUGCAACAGCUUUUCAAAGAAAAAUUUAGAGAACAAAAGAAAGGAACAAGAUGUCCUGGUUAAAUCUAGGGUGACCUUUAAAAUAACCUGUUAUGACAGACUGUGCCCUUAUCCAAAAUGAAGUAGACUAUGUCAUUUCCAAAACCAGCUCUGAACUUUCAGCAUGGCCCCAUGGUUGUAGCAAUGGAUCUGCCAUCCCUGACAGGGAUGAAAAGUUUCUGUAGCAGCAAAGGAAAUAUCCAUGCCCAAUUUUAUCUUCCUGACUUGUGGGAUUGGCAGGAAAGCCCUCAUUUCAUUUGAAAAGUCACAGAGGAUUUUUUUGGAGAAAUAGCUGCUGUUUUAUUACUGGACCUCAAUCCUCAAGCAAUAGUUUGAUGUUCAUAGCAGUAAGGAUAACAUCCAUGUACACAUUCUUUGUUGAUUUUAAUCCUUGUUGGCCUAAUUGUAUCAACAAAGGUAGAAGAUACUUACCAAGCCAUAGGGAAAUGCAAAUUUUUAUGUUUGUGUAUCAGUUAGCUAUUGCUAGGUAAAAAAACCACUUAAAGUAACA